AUGGUCAAGGGCCAGACAUUACCACAACCCACGGCCUCGGCUACAAGCCCGACUACGUCGGUGGCUGCGAUUACUACACAAGGCCCGUUGGUCUUUGUUCGAGAUGACCCCGACAACGUCGCUAGUUUGUCCCGCACGACCCUAGUGACAACGCUGACGGAUUGCGCUGUCGUGAGCGGAGAGUCCGAACUACAGACGUUAACCCAAUACACGGACUUGCGACAGCGCCUCACUAUCACGACGACCACAACCUACAACGGAACCGAUGGUACCCAGCAGGCUGACACCGCAGUUGGGGUCAUGUUGGCGGGCGGGGCUACCUGGGUACUCCUCAACUUUGCCGAAACCCACUGGAUAUUCAAAGAGUUUCCCGAUGGAGGCGUAGACGAUAGCGGCCGCCCGGAGAUUCCCCCGACCUGUGCACGCCCUGACUGCCAAGGGACUCUCGAUUUUUGUGGUCUGACGGGCCCCUUGUUUGGGUGCGCGUGCGAGAAAGACAAGUGUACCGAUGCGGGGCUCUUUUGCAACGAGUGCAAAUGGGCUGAUGGCAAGUGCACCAGUGGGGAUUAA